AUGCGCUGCCAUGCCACCGAAUGCGCCCUCCAAAAAGUAGCCGGCCCCGCGUCGGCCGCCGCCAAACGUAAAGAGGCGCCUUCCAGCAACGAUGCCUCGAAGAAAGGCAGCCCGGCGCCUGGCGCGGCUCGCUGGCCCGUCAAGCGCCUCAAGAUGAGCGAAGACCGAAAGAUCGUGCCCCGCGGCAUGCGCAGACGCACGGCGAGCCAUAAUGUCAAGAGGGUUCCCAAGAGGCUUCGCAACAGGGCCAUGAAAGAGAUGCGCGACGACAACACACCGACUGUGACCUCGCGACGGCGCAAACCGACCACGACGCGGGCUAGAAUCAGAUCGGAGACGGCGAGAAAGCUGGGCAUAUUGGCCGAGAAGAGGCGCAAACGGAAGCUCAAGGCCGCGAAAGAGAAGGCUCCCACCGACGGCGGUUCUAUGAAUGAUGCCCCGAGCAUCCAGACGAAAAUCACAACGCGUCCGGCUCGACCCAAGAUCAGGCGGAACGUCCUCAACGAUCCACCACGACCAAAGUCCAAGUUUCGUAAACGUCAACUGCAAAAGACCUGGCUGCCGACCCAUCUUUGGCAUGCUAAAAGAGCUAGAAUGACGGAGCCCGCGAAGCCUCUAUGGAGGUUUGCGAUUCCCCUGACACCCAACGAAAAGAUAUACCGCGCAACGCACCGGGGCCAGGGUGAGAGAGGCGCCGUGGCCUGGGAUAUGAGUUACAUGAGUACCAUUGGUCUUUACGGUAACGAGAACGGGGUCUGUCAAGUUCUCCGCAAGCUUGGAGUCAUGCAGGAAAGCUGCUGGAGCGAGAGGGGCCAGAGGUGGCGGGCUGGUACCAGGCAUUGGAACGGCAUGCUCAGCAGGGACACGAGGCUUGGACGGCGGCUCAUAUGCCCGGCUACUAUUCAAUGGAAUCCACAAGAUGCCGAGCAACAGCAGACUCCAGGAAACGAAGACUCGGACCCCAAGAAGAGGCAACGACAGCUAUUCAUCAGGGUUCACCCCUCGUCGUUCCUGGAGCUGUUCAAUGAGCUUCUUCGGCUGGUCAAGAUGCAGACGCCACAGCUCUUCAUCGAAGACUUGCGAUUCGAGAUUGGCAGCAUCGAAAUCACUGGUCCGGCAUCGACGGAAGUCCUUUUGGGGGUUCUUCAACCCUAUUUCACCGAUCUGGCCAAGAAGGAGCCGCAUGCCAACAUUUUCGGCGGCUUGACCAGCGCUGCAACACCAUCAGCUUUGCCUCCCAAUUCUUCCCUGGCAUUUUCUACCCUGGACCCACGCUUGAGGUAUCCGCCGCGAAAACUCGCUCCCCCAGAUCUCAGCGACGAGGGCCAGUCGCGGCUCAUGAGCCUUUUGUCGAGUUGGCCAGCUGACGAGGGCCUCCAACCCUACUCGAUCUUCGACCGCGAUCAACGUUUCUCGGCUUCAAGGCUACCGAGGCAAAAGUCCGUGAACAAGCGAAAAGGAGCUCGCAUCCCCGGGACCGACCUUGACCCCAGUCCCUCGGAUCCUCCCAUUCCCAUCCUGCUUCACGCAUCCCGGUCAGCGCGCGGCGCAGAGGCUCAAGGAACGUGGACUGUCCUCGCACCUUUCAAAUGCAUCCAGGCCCAUCUGGUACAGCCUCGUGCACUUCCCGCUGGCGUCAGCGGGCAAUCAAAAGUUUUGCCGGGGUUGAACGAGGAAGGACAAGCCCCCUUUGAACGCGGUUUGCCCUAA